AUGUGUAUUGCUAUAGCUACUACUAAUCAUCCAGAUUAUCCAUUUAUUUUGCUAUCUAAUAGAGAUGAAUUUUUUAAAAGACCAACUAAACAAACUCAUGUACAUAAUAUCAAUCCAAAUCCAAGUAUUACAGAUGAUGACAAUAUUAAAAUUUUAUCACCUUUAGAUCUUGCUAGACCAGAACAUGGUACUUGGAUAGGAACAACAUCAAAUGGUAAAUUUGCAGUAUUGGUAAAUUAUAGAGAGGUAGAUAAUCAGUUGGGUGUUAAUGGAGAAGUAUCCCGUGGUGUAUUACCUUUAGAUUAUUUAAGUUCAAAUGAAUCAGAUAUUGAAUGGAAAAAUAAAUUAAAUUCGAGAAUAGAUUUAAGUAAGAUAGGCGGAUUUACAUUAUUAUACGGUCAUUUAAAAAUAAAUCAACAAACGGGGAAAAUUAAUCCAUUGAGUAUAAUUUCAAAUAGAGGUCAUUAUGGUAAGAUAUUUGAAAGUGAAACAACAACAAAUGGUAUAAUAGGUACUAGUUGUGAUGUAAAAACUAAUGAAGAUGAUGAUAUAAUUGCAAUUAGUUCAAAAACUUUCGGUUUGUCGAAUUCAUUAUUUAAUGAACCUUGGAAUAAAGUUGAAAUUGGAGAGAAAUUAUUAGAUCAAUUAAUUAAAAAAGCAAUAGUUGAAAAACAAUCACAACAAGAAAUAGUAACUGAAUGUUUCAAAUUAUUAAGUCAUAAUACUUAUAAUCCAAAAUAUUUGGAUGAUAAUGAAUUUGAUACAAAGUUAAAUGAGUUAAAAAAUAGUAUUUUUAUUCCUCCAUUAUUAAGAAAUGAAGGUUAUAAACUUGAAUCAACAACAAUUGGGAAAUAUUAUGGUACUAGAACUCAAACUGUUAUUUUAUUUGAUAAAUUUGGCAAUUUAAAUUAUUAUGAAAAAAAUAUACAUAAGUCGGAUAAUCUAGAAGAAAAAGAUGAUACAAUAAAUCAUUUUAAAGUAAAUACAAAUAAUAAUAUUAUAAAAAAAGUUUAA